AAAUUGCCUUAUUAGCUACUGAUAUGUUCUUUUUGGCUAAAUUACUUCCCUGAGUAUGCUUCAAACUCUUUGGCUUACAAGAGUUACAACCACAGAUUUCUUAAUCUAGCCUAUUAGCUCAAUAUGGGAGAGCAUUGUGUGACAACGCACAAAGACGUAGGUUCAAAUCCUGCAUAGGCUACAGAAAAAAAUAUGUAUGUAGUGAAGAGAGAUGGGCGACAGGAGAAUGUUCAUGUCCAUAAGAUUACUGCAAUGUUGAAGAAAUUGAGUUAUGGUCUGAGUCUUGAUCACUGUGAUCAUGUUCUUGUCUCCCAGAAGGUUUGUGCUUGUGUUUAUAAGGGUGUUAAUACUAGUCAGCUUGAUGAAUUAGCCGAUGAACCUGCUGCUACUAUGACUGCCAAUCACCCUGAUGCAGAAAAAUAAAAACUUGUGGCUGCAAAGAAUUAGGUGCAAGUAUCCAUGAUUCUUCCCGUGAAAAACAAAGAAUUGGUGGGAAAAAUUGAUAAUGAUGAAGAUUUUGGUGGGAAAUACCAAUAAGGAAAAACUUCCCCUAUAAUUUAGGAGCAGUCACGCUUGAUAAAAUCUGAUUUAUUCUGUAAAUCUUUUUUUAUUUCUUUUUCUUUUUUUUUUCAAUUUUUGAGUUAGUGGGGCAAA